AGUGUGCGACCCGUUCUCCAUCUUUGCGUCUUCCUUCUAUUAGCUGGUCCAUCAUCAUCAUGCCUGUCUUCACCAUCCGUACCAACGUCUGCCGGGACUCCGUGCCCGAUACCCUUCUGUCCGAUCUCACCAAGCAGCUGGCCAAGGCUACGGGCAAACCAGCUGAGUACAUUGCAAUUCAUAUUGUGCCUGAUCAAAUUAUGAGUUUUGGUGAUUCAACUGAUCCUUGUGCCGUGUGCAGUCUGUGCAGCAUUGGAAAGAUAGGGGGGCCGCAGAACAAAAGCUACACUAAGCUGCUCUGUGACAUUCUGACUAAACAGCUGAACAUCCCUGCUAACAGAGUCUACAUAAAUUAUUAUGACCUUAAUGCUGCAAACGUUGGCUGGAAUGGAUCUACCUUUGCCUAAAUAUAAACACAUUAUUCCAGUGUAUAAUGCUGUGCAAAUGAACUUUCAUCCCACUUACUGAAAAACCAGCUCAUGACUGGUGUUAAACAUUCCCUUCUGAAUAAACAAAGUACAGCAAUU